AUGGUAGACUGGUCCAAAGGAGCUGCAUCCCCAUAUGGCCAAGCCACUGGGAAUGCUCGGCUUGUUGGGGCUCAGAUAGGAGAGCUCAUAAGGUUCCUCAUGGCCAGAACUUCUCACUCGCAUAGUUCCGCUGUAAAUCGAUUCUACAUUGUGGGCCACAGCCUCGGUGCACAAGUCGCAGGUUACACUGGGAGUUAUUUGCAGGAUAAGUAUGGAUUGAGCUUGGGCCGCAUAACAGGUAAAUAAUCAAAUACGUUAUAUAAAUGAAGAAAGAUACGUCCCUUACACACACUGGUCACGCUAACCAUUUUUAUUGGCUCUGAGGCUUAGAUCCUGCUAGUCUGUUUUUCAUAACAGUCUGGACCAGCUUUCGGCUUGAUAAAAGUGACGCUCAAUAUGUUGAUGUCAUUCAUACCAACGCUGGGAUCCAGGGAACUAUCCGUGUGAGCGGUCACACCGACUUUUGGCCAAAUGGUGGAGGCAUCCAGCCAGGCUGUCCUGUCAGUGGUCUGACAAAAAGUAAGCAUUCACAAAAUGGAGACAUCCAUAAUUAUUCGCCCGAAAUAUUUCUUAUCUUUUUACGGAAUUUGGGAGGUAGUUCUGAUUUUUAUCGAACAAAUUCUUGGGUAAAUACACACAUUUUAAGCAGUCUACGAGAAGAGAAUAAAUGUUUUUUAUAACUUUUCUCUGGUAUUGAAAUAAUAUAAUGCUUGACAGUUGAGGUAACGCUAAGAAUAAAACUCGAACGCACUCACCAAUCUACUAGUCUGAGGAGGUCACCUGACCUACAGGCAAACGUAAUUGCUUUCCGUGAUUUUUUCGUUGCCAUCGUCGGUUGGUCGUCAUUUCGUAUUUUCUUUUUGUUAGUUCAAUAACCACACAGCAGUUCAAUAAGUACACAACAGAUCAAUAACCACACCAGUAGUUCAAUGACCACACAUUAAAAAAUAAAAAUAUAAAUAAAUAAAUAAAUGUGAUGAAGGUGACAUAUAACCAACAAGUAAGUAUUAAAAUGAAAAUGAUAAUGCUCAGUUUUUCUUUUUGUUAGUUCAAUAACCACACAGCAGUUCAAUAAGUACACAACAGAUCAAUAACCACACCAGUAGUUCAAUGACCACACAUUAGUUCAUUGAGCGUAAACUACAUGUAGCUGCGGGAAAAAUAGCCACAAAUACGUUAGUUAUUUUUAAUAAGAAUGUAUAGCAUUAAGUAAGUGGUAAAUACUCAUUUAGCUAUGGUACGAGAACUAAAUAGAUAGAUAGCGCUAUGUUACACUGUUAUUAAGUUCUAGUGAGCUCACUAAUAUAGACAGGAACAUAGACUGAUGUUAAUUUAAAAUUUUUAGUCUGCUCAGAAGGUCUGUCAUUCUCGUCAGGGGCACAGUGAACAGACCUGGAAAGAGAGUCAGCGUCGAAAAGUGAAAACACCGACUCGGUCCGGAGAAAACUUUUACUCCCUUAACAACCUUCCAACGAGCAGAGAUGGCAAGAAAAUCACCAUUUAACUAUGACAUGCAUUAUUCGCAUCACCCAAACAAAAAUUUCCUCAUUUGCUUUUUGUAUAAAUUCACUGGUUAUCUUUUUUAAGAUUGCGACCACCGAAGGGCACCAAAGUACUUCCUCGCGUCUGUUGAAGAAUCAUGCUCCUGGAAAGCCUAUCCGUGUGCUAAUUACAAUAGAUUUCUGAAAGGGAGUUGCACAAGCUGUAAUGGUGAAUGUCCAAGCUUGGGUUUCGAUGCUGAUCUUACUAAAAAGGAAGGAAGCUUCUACUUGCAAACAACCUCGAAUGCUCCUUUUUGUGGUACGAUGUAAUCCAUCAAUAACGACGCAUUAAUGUAGGCAUGUGUUCAAUGUACCUUUUUUGUCCUUUUAUAUAUCAUGAUCACAGUUCCUGUUCACUUUUGAAAAGAAUGCGAAAGAAAAGGAAGAAAAACAUUACUGAAACGUUCCAUUACAGGCACUGGAGCCAAUUCAAACUUCUCAAACUCCCUAAAUAUUACCCCCUGAGAUUCAAUUUUGUUUUUGGCAGAAAUUAGAUCUACUGCUGAUCGUUUGAUAUCGGAUUCCGUUUUGAAUUUAAAUAACUGAAAUAGAUACAAAUGAUGUUUCGCUUUUUCUCCGAGAUUGUGAAAGGCAUUUUUAGUGCAUCGCCUUACAUUGGACAGUAUCUACACGAAAUUUAAGUAGAAGGCCGCAGGCCUACCUUGUUUCUGAUAAAAAAGGCAAACACUGCAAAGCUAAGAAGAAAAACUCUAACUACCGUACUCGGCUUCUGCCACAUGAAUUUGGUGAGCCGUACUUUAUCCCCCCGGAGGGGGGGGGCGCGGUACUGUCAUUCCUCUUCCAUCUGAUUUUCUUUCAACCCGAGUCAGCAUACGGUAUAUUAAAGUCGUCACACUGUACAUCGCACUUUUUCCUGAUGAUAACCACGGGAGAUCUUGUCCUCCACCUCCUUUUAAUUUCUUGGUGCAUGAUUAAUUCUUUUAUUCUUUUAAAAGACAGUUAUACUGGUUUGGUUGAGCAGUGA